GUAUCUUACAACAAACAAACAACGACAGGAGCUGCGUCACCGAAGCGCGGCGCAGUAGAGCUCGUCGAUGCCCGACAGCGCGUCCAUCUGCUGGCCGUUCGCGACCUGGCACGCGAGCGCGAGGAACGCCCCGGCGACGCACGCGAGCGAGAGCCGCUCGGCCCAGCGCGCGACGCCUGGCGGCGGCUCGCCGACGAGCCACGCGUGCGCCGACGCCCCGAAGGCGAUCCUACAGAAGCCGCUCGCGCCGGCGUAGGCCAGGACUGCGACGUACGAGCCCCGCUCGACGGCAUCCGGGAGGAGCGCGGGGCCGCAGCCCGUCGCCGCGACGGAUGCCUCGGACCAGAGCGUCGCCGCCGAUGCGACCGACGCCGUCAGCGACACCGGUCGCGCGAGCGCCGCCGGCCGCAACGCCCGUGCUCCCAGCACGAGGCUGCAGACAAGCAGGCUCCUCAGCGGCAUGUACGCUGUCCCAGGCGGCACUGUGGCACAGCACUGCGCAGUGCUGCCGCACACGAUCUCUGGCGUCUGAUUGGCGGCGGCAGGUGCAAUAGGGACGAAUUGGACCACGCCUACUCGCUCUGCAGCUGCUCCGUGACGCGCUGCCUGAUUUUGCCACUCUGCUCAGCUGCGGGCUGCAGCGCUGCUGGCGGGCAUUUGGACCGC